UACCAAAGAUACUGAACAGCGCUGCGAUGCGAAACUCGUAGUGCAACUGCAAGCAUAUCGCAUCCAACAUCCCCUUGUAGCCUGAAACGGUACACUUGAUAUGCUGAGUUGAAUUUAGUUACUGGGUAGGCCUAAAUUGUGCUUUUCUCUGGUCCUACGAUCCUGCCUCGAGACAAGCUUCUUGAAUUAGGUAUGGCUACCAAAGGAGGAACUGGUCCAGUGGGCGGAGCCAGCGGAGGACCUAAUGGUGGGGGGCGACGGCGGAGGAGACGGGGCAGGUCAAAGACACAAGAAGAUUCCAGAGAUGACUUCAGCUCUCCCCACGUCAGCAAGCCGACAAUUAUCCUUGCCAAGUCAACCACUUCUCAACCCCAGAGUAAACCUGAACUGUAUGGCUCCUCGCCUGAUCGUGGGGGUGCCACUCCCUCAACCCAAGCAGGCGAAGUCUCCAAGUCCACCCCACAGUUCAAAAUCAUCACCCGCCAGAGCGAGACCGCCCCUGCCCGCCCUGUUCCUGCCACAGCGCCCAUGGGCACGGUCUCUUUGGCAAGUGCAGCCCUCUACCAGUCCCCCGUCACCUACGGAAGUUCCCCUUUGACCGGAUUGGCUGACGUUGGGCAGGCUGCCCACAGUCAGCCACAGGUGGUGGGUCAGGGUGCCAGACCACUGUCGCAGCAAAGCACAGCCCCUGCAAUUACCAUUGAAGUUCCUGUUCACAAUAGAUUGACAGCGCCCAUGGAAAUGAAGCAGAGCGUGCGACUCGUAGAUGACAACUUCCAGUGGUGUGACAAUGGAAUGGAGUUGUUGCUAGACCAGACCGACUUUCUUGUAGUGGGUGUCCUGGGCCUGCAGGGCAGUGGGAAAUCAACACUGAUGUCCAUGCUGGCCGGUAACAAACCAAGUGACCAGCAGAGCUCAUUCAUUUUCAAGCCACAAGCCAAAGAGAUCCGAAACCAGUCUAUGCACCAGACCAUGGGUGUUGACUUCUUUGUGACCAAUGAACGGGUCAUGCUGCUGGACACGCAGCCGGUCCUCAGCUCCUCAGUCAUGGACCACUUGCUGAGUCAUGAGAAGAGUCUGCCGCCAGACAUGACGUCAGCCGAAAUCUGCCACGAGAUUCAGUCUCUCCAACUGGCAGCUUUCCUCUUCACCGUCUGCCAUGUGGUUCUCGUGGUCCAAGACUGGUUCCUGGACAUGAAUCUGAUUGAGUUCAUCAAGAGGGCGGAGAUGUUGAAGCCACCCACCCCUGCCCCAACUCCGGCGAUGGAAGGGACCAGCAGCGAGGACACGGAAGACUUCUUUCCAAACAUUGUAUUUGUGUUGAACAAAGCCAGGCAGGAGGAUUUCCAGCUAACAGUGGUCCAGUCCAUGCAUCAGACAAUUGACAGACUCUUCAAAGACUCCAAGCUGACAUUUCAAGGAACAGCAUCCUUAUCCCACACCAAGCUGCUGCCGGGUUUGAAUUCCAAAAACCUUCCGCUUGAUAUCAACUUGUGUAUUCUCCCACAUCUGGGUGCCACAACCCCGGAUAACUUGUCCACUGAUGAUCAGUCCAUCUUGCUGAGUCUGUUACCGGUCUCGUAUCAAGGCCAUCCAAGCAUUGACCUCCUAGUCAAGUCUUUCCGGAACCAGAUUUAUGGAGCUGCCCGAAACUCCCUCACUCACACAUCACUGACUGAAAAGAACUGGUUUCACUAUGCAGCUAGAAUGUGGGAAACGAUCAGGAAGUCGACCCUCAUGUCAGAAUUCAACAGACUUCUAACUUGAUCGUUCCGCUUCCCGGAUAAAGAGAAGCUGAUCAUACUUCUCCAAGGAAAAGUGCCGCUGUCAGGGAAGGACAGUGGAAGGUUUUCUUCUCACCACAAGCUGUUUGUUUGCCAGUAUUGAGAAGACAGUGGUGAAUUCCUUUUUCAGUGAAGGAAAAGGCAUUUUUGCAUUUCCCUUGUGGGAAAAAUGUGUCUGGCGACUUUAUUCCUAUAAAAUAAAUAGGAAACAGUUGCUUUGUUAUCAACCGUAACCAGGAAGUGCUAAGUUUGCCCCAAGCACGGAAUUUUUCAGCCAAAAAUACUGACUUUUUCAACAAGACAUCACGACAAUACAAAGUUGGGCUUUACAAACGUUGAUCCUUGGGGGUCAUUUGUCAAAAGUUUGUGUGACUUUCUUGUUGCAUAGUUUUUUUUAAACUCAGACAGUGCCGCAUAAGAAUGUUGCCACAUAUAGCAGUGGCAUACAGAUGCUUGAGCUAUAGGAUUCCACAUGCUGGACAUUUAUGGACUGGUUCCGGCCUCUGUAAGUUUCCAAACACAAUGGUUAUCACAUAAUGUAUGCUUUGGGAGGAUUGUACAUACAGGUAUGUAUAAUGUCAUUUGGUACAGUACAUAAAGCUGUCCAGAAAAUCCCUGUUCGUUUAAACAUCAUCAAGUGAAAAAUGGUUAAAUAUGAGAAUAAAUGCUGCUCCCUCAUAGUCAGGACA